CCUUCGCUUGUAUCAAAUGCCAAUCGUCGUCCUAAUCAAAUGUUUAACUUUUGACUUUUCUUUCCCCACCCGAAUCUAUGCUUGGCAUCCAUUAAAUGGAUCAAAGACGCCAUGAUUAUAUAACAUGGAAGCCGGCUCAGAAUAUUGCCCCAAAUCCUAUCAGUGAAACUCCGUCUUGGGAAGCUUCAUCUUCAUGGCUUAUUGCAGCUUUCCUGAUGUGUUUCGCUGGAUUCAUGCCCUUCCACCUCUCUCAGAAUGGACCACGGACUUCUCCAUGUCCAUAUGUUCUUCAACCUCAUCGUCCCAACCAUCUCUCAGUCUUGCCAUGUCCAGAAAUCCCCAAUCCCCGAAACUGUGUUUCGCUAGUCUCAUUGCCGACUUCAGCAUCCCUAUUUCCCUCUGGACUUCAAAACCUAUCAAGGCCAUCAAGCUGUCAGAUGAUGAGACCAUAUCCAAACUCCUCGUCAAUUUCAUAGAAGAUGUCCUUCGCUAUGGCUCCAACAAGUAUAGCCCCUUUAUAAAAUUCGUCAAGAUUGAUUCCAUCUCCAAAUUUCCGGACAUUUUCAAUCUCGCAUUUCUCACUCUUUUGUUCCUAGUUUGCAUAUACGAGGCUCCUUCAGAUCUCCGUUCUGGGUGUCUAAGCACUAUCAAACGACACUUGACAGGUUGUGACUCGCGACAAGCUUCCAAGUUGCUGAUGAAACUGUUAGGGUCAAACCUGGAAGAACAGUGGAUGCGAUCUUUGAACUUGGCAAUUACUAACUGGAUUGCGGAACUGCAAGCAGCACAUCAAUAUCACGGCUCGUUUAAAACACCGUCUCCUCUAUUUUCUUACGCUUUUUCGACGUCUGGGUUAUGGAAAGUUCAGUUGUACUGUCCUAUCAUAAGCAUGGACGUGGAUAAUUCAAACAACAGGCCAGCAGAUGACGAGAGACUUCAAUUCUCUCUCAAAUAUCACCAAAUCGAAGGCGUUUUCCAGUUCAAUUACAAAGUAAUAGUCAAAGAGAAGUGGGUUGAAAUCAUGGUCAACAUCGACAACAUAAGGUGCGAUGUGGUGAAACUGGUGAACGAGACCCUGAUGAGAGAGCGGGGCGCCGGAGCAGGCGAGAAACAUUUCCCUUCAAGAAUAUUUCUGCAGGUGACACCCACACUGCAAAACCAGGUGCUGAGCGUGUCAGUCGCAAAAUCCUCAGAGAACCCACGAAGAGAGGUCGGCAUAGACAAGAGCAUUGAAGCCUCCUUCGAGCCUCCCAAUCCCUACCUGGGUUUAAAAGUAUCAGCCGGCGAAUCCACAACCGUGAGUCUGAAGCCUUGGAAAUUCGAGCAAUCAGUGUACGGCUACAGCGCUAAUUUGAAUUGGUUCCUUCACGACAGCGUGGACGGCAAGGAAGUCUUCUCGUCCAGGCCUUCCAAGGUUGAAUUGAUGAACCCCAGGUCGUGGUUCAAAGACCGUUACUCCAGUGCCUACCGUCCUUUCACACGCCAAGGAGGGAUUAUAUUUGCGGGCGACCAGUACGGAGAGAGCGUGCGGUGGAAAGUCGACAGAGCCGCCGCGGGGAAGACCAUGGAGUGGGAGAUAAGGGGCUGGCUGUGGCUAACCUAUUGGCCAAACAAACACAAGACUUUCCACAGCGAAACUAGGAGGCUGCAGUUUCGAGAGGCGGUCCUUCUCAAUGUUGCGUAGCUUUCAAGCGUGUCUAUCUUGGUCUUGUAUUAGGCAUUCGCACUUAGCAGAUCUCAAAAAUGGGAACAUCAUUAAUUAAUUUCUGCAUGGUCCAGUUAAUUGUCAUA